UCUUCGCACUAGACGAUCUUUAGCGGCACCGGCCAGGAAACGGCGGUGAGGAAAGUUUAAAGUCUGUCGCCUUGUCUGAUGUUUCUGUGGCCCAGUUAUUACUGUAACUAGCCAAUUAUAAUUUUUUACAUAAACCACCAUGAGGCGAACAAGAGGGUCGAGGAAUAAAAGUCAGGGUGCAGCCGAAAACGAAGAGGUCCAGUCAAAAACAGUGUGGCAGUGGAAGGGAGAUGAAGGACAGUGGGAACUGUACUUGCCCUCAGCCUGUGCUGUGUUGGACUCCGCUGUCUCCUCAGGAAAAACCACCGUCACUCUAACUCUGGGCUCUGGGACGGCCUAUGAAGUCGACCUGAAGAAGAUGGUCCAGAUUAAUCCUGUCACGAAAUACAAGAGGAAGAUUCGCUCUCAGACAGUAAAGUCAGAGAGUUUGGAUGAAGCUGGUGACUCGACUGCCUCUUCUAAAGUUCAAGUUAAAGAGGAAGAGGAGGAGACGGAGGAGCCACCUGUAGCUAAGAGAAGGAGAGGGCAAAGCAAGAGUCAGACAAAAACUGAGGACAUGCCCAAAGAAGAAAUAAAAAGUGAAGAGGUUGUGAAGACGGUGGUCAUGAAGGGCAAAGCUCCAGUGGACACUGAAUGUAAAGCCAAACUGGGAAAGGCUCAUGUUUACAAUGAAGGGAAUGAUGUUUACGAUGUGAUGUUGAACCAGACAAAUCUUCAGUUUAACAACAACAAAUACUACCUGAUCCAGCUGCUGGAAGAUGACAGCUCCAAAGCUUACAGUGUGUGGAUGAGAUGGGGCAGAGUGGGCAAAGUGGGUCAAAACAGCCUUACAGCCUGUGGUGGAGAUCUGCUGAAAGCCAAAAAUAUCUUCAAGAAAAAGUUCUUAGACAAGACCAAGAACGAGUGGGAACAGCGCACGAGUUUUGAGAAAGUAGCUGGAAAAUAUGACAUGGUGUUAAUGGACUACAGCUCAAAUGAAAAGGAUGAGAACCAGACUACAGAGGACGCUGUACCCAAAAAGAAGACCUCCAUGCUGGAUGUGAAGAUCCAGUCUCUCCUAGAGCUCAUCUGUGACCUUAAAGCCAUGGAGGAGUGUGUGCUGGAGAUGAAGUUUGACACCCGCAAAGCUCCUCUUGGCAAACUAACCUCAGAGCAGAUCAGUGCAGGCUACACUGCACUAAAGAGGAUUGAGGAGUGUUUGAAGAAGAAAGGCAGCAGUCGUGAGCUGCUGGAGGCAUGCAACCAGUUCUACACCCGUAUCCCCCAUGACUUUGGGUUGAAAACUCCCCCAAUCAUCCGCACAGAGGAUGAGCUGAAGGAGAAAAUUGCACUGCUGGAGGCAUUGAGUGACAUCCAGAUAGCAGUGAAAAUGGUCCAGUCCAGUGAAGGAAGUGAUGAACAUCCUCUGGACAGACAAUACCGCUCCCUCCAGUGCAACCUGCAGCCUCUGGACUCCGGCAGUCAAGAGUACAAGGUGAUAGAAAAGUAUCUGCAGUCCACUCACGCUCCAACCCAUUGUGACUACUCUAUGACCAUCGUUGACAUCUUCUCAGUGGACAGAGACGGGGAGAGCAACAACUUCCUCUCACAGUUACACAACAGGACUCUGCUGUGGCAUGGUUCCCGUCUGUCUAACUGGGUCGGCAUCCUCAGUAAGGGGCUCAGAGUGGCCCCACCUGAAGCUCCCGUCACUGGCUACAUGUUUGGUAAAGGUAUCUACUUUGCUGACAUGUCUUCAAAGAGCGCCAACUACUGUUUUGCCAAUCAGCACAAUCAUGUUGGACUGCUGCUACUGUGUGAGGUCGCUCUGGGAGACUGUAAUGAGCUGCUAGAUGCCGACUACGAGGCCAACAAGCUGCCUGCUGGUAAACACAGUACCAAGGGCCUUGGACAGACCGGACCUGACCCCAAAAACUCUGUCACACUGGAUGGUGUCACAGUGCCAAUGGGGCCUGGGGUGAAGACAGGGGUGGGUAAAAACAGCGGUUACUCCCUCCUCUACAACGAGUUCAUCGUUUACAACCCUGCCCAGACCCGCAUGAGGUACCUGCUGCGGAUCAAGUUCAACUACUCUUCACUGUGGUGAGGCUGUACAGAAACUGCAAUUUAUCAGGGGUUUUCCUUUCCACGAAGCAGGGAUGAUAUAUCACUUACUCAUUCUUCACCUACAGGUAGAUACGGUUAAGCUCUCGUUUUUGGUCAUAGGCUGUUAAACCUGAAAACACUUUCUCAGUGAGAUAUGACAGAAAAUUAAUCAACAACUUUUAGACAUUUUUCAACAACAAAAUGCCAAAAAAAUUUUGAUUGCAGCCUCUCAAAUGUGAGUAUUUGUUGGUUUUCUUUUUCAUAUCUGAUAUCAAACUAACUGUCUUUUAGAUUUAAACUGUUGGUCACGUAAAACAAGCAAUUUUUAUACAUCAUACUAGGCUGUUUAAAACGCCGUACAGAUAUGUUAACAGUCUGUGUCAGAUUCAAAGUUUAUACAUCUCACCCAAUGUGUAAAUGGGCAUGUGAGUAUAUAAUUCAAGUUAUAAAAACACCAACAAAACUGUUUCUACUUUUUCUAAAAGGUGAGGAUGGAUCUAUGUGAUAUGAAGAAAAUACGCACAACAUUGAGCACUAGUUUUUUCUAUUUUGCUUUACAUGCAAAUGUCCUCUUAUCAAUAUAAGAUGUAUUCCAUGUUGCAUUUUCUGCUUUGGUGCUUUAUGUGAUGAAACAAAAUGAGUUUUUAUGAAUGUGUCUUUAAAAAAAAUAUGGAAAUAGAUAAUUUUUGUUCCAAUAGUUGCUGGGUCAGAUGGGGUAACAUGGAAUCCAAAACAACUAAUUCAGUACAAAAAUGUCUUAUAUAAUAUUAUUAUAAUAUUAUUUUUUAUUUAUGUAAAAACUGAGACAAAGACAAGAUCAUUCAGAGUUUUGUCACUUAAAACAGGAUUCAGAUACAUUAUAUACACUACAUGAUGAUAAUAAUGAUAAUAAAGGACAUUUUCGUUAUCGGUA